AUGACUGCUGAGAACUGCACUGUGUUUACUGACUUCAUAUUCUUAGGACUUUCCAGUAGACAAGAUGUGCAGCAGGGGCUCUUCCUGUUCUUCCUGCUAGUUUAUGGUGUGACUGUGGUUGCCAAUGUCGGGAUGAUCCUGCUGAUCAAGGUGGACCCCAGACUGCACACAUCCAUGUAUUAUUUCCUGAGCAAUCUGUCCUUCUGUGACAUCUGCUAUUCUUCUACUAUCUCUCCCAAGAUGCUGGCUGAUUUCUUAUCUGAGCGAAAAAGGAUUCCAUAUGAUGUAUGUGCCAUCCAGAUGUACUUUUUUGGAGCCUUUGCAGAUGUGGAAUGUCUCAUGUUGGCUGUCAUGGCUUAUGACCGUUAUAUAGCCAUUUGCAAUCCACUUCUUUAUACAAUUGCCAUGUCCAGGGGUAUCUGUACCCAGCUUGUGGUUAUUGCCUACAUCGUAGGCCUGGUUGAUUCGGCAGUCCACACCUGUUGUACAUUUCGGUUGUCAUUCUGCAAUUCCAAUAUCAUCAAUCACUUUUUCUGUGACAUCCCACCAUUACUAGCCCUUUCCUCCUCAGAUACAUCCAUCAAUGAGACUGUGAUGUUCACUUUUAUUGGCUGUGUUGUGGGGACCAGCAUUAUCACUGUCCUCCUCUCCUACAGUUAUAUCAUAAUAACCAUCCUUAGGAUGAACUCAGCCGAGGGGAGACACAAAGCCUUCUCUACAUGUGCCUCCCACUUAACCGCUGUGGCUAUAUUUCAUGGCACACUCCUGUUCAUGUAUUUCAGACCCAGAUCCAGUUACUCCAUGGACACAGACAAAAUGGCCUCUGUCUUUUACACAGUUGUCAUCCCCAUGUUAAACCCACUGAUCUACAGCUUAAGAAAUAAGGAUGUAAAAGGUGCCCUAAAAAAAGCAAUCAAUACUAAAUUAUGUUCUGGCUGGUACAGUACUUUCAUCUGA